CAUUAGUAGUCAGUUUUAACAUUUUACUAAUUCGAUCUUAACGCAUUUUCUUUGAUCGGCUGAUUAUCACUCUUCUCUGCAUUCUAAUGGAUCAGAGUUUGAGGGAUGCUGCUCAGAAAGGAAGUAUUGAUGCCUUGUACGCAUUGAUACAGAGUGAUGCAAAAGUUUUGGAUAGGAUCGACGAGAUUCCAUUUGUUGAAACUCCUUUACACACUGCUGCAUUUGCAGGGCACACCCUGUUUGCCCUGGAGAUCAUGAGGUUAAAGCCCUCGUUUGCUAGGAAGCUUAAUCAAAAUGGUUUCACCCCUAUGCACCUUGCUUUGCAAAAUAACCAAACCCAAUUGAUGCUCCAACUACUUGAUGUUGAUGACGACCUUGUCCGUGUCCAAGGAAGAGAGGGUGUAACUCCUUUGCAUUACGCAGCUCAAAUAGGAAACCUCGAGGUUUUGGUCAAAUUUCUAAAAGCCUGCCCCAAAUCGAUUGAAGAUAUAACACUUCGAAGAGAAACUGUCUUGCAUAUUGCCCUCAAAUACGAUAUGCUUGAUGCUUUUCGGCUCCUGCUUGGAUGGCUUCGACGGGCCUGGUUUAGAGAUGUCUCGCAUUGGGAGAAGAAGUUACUCAACUGGCAGGAUGAGAAGGGCAACACUGUGUUGCACAUUGCAGCAUCCAAAAACAAACCCGAGAUUGUGAAAUUGUUAUUGAAAUUCAGUACUGUUGAUAUAAACAUCAAGAAUUCAAGAGGUCAUAAAGCGUUAGACAUGUUGCAAUUAGGGGGCGCCUGUCACCCACAGAUCAAUUGUGCGAGAUGUUUAAUUAGGAGGCUCAGGCUCUUGGUUUGUCCGAAUGAUGCAAUAGCUGAUGCAAAGUACUUUAAAGCUCCUGUCAGCUAUGAAGAGAAGUUAUACAUAAUGUUUCUCCGUCUGACAACGAAAGUCCCAAAUGACAUGCGCAAUGUGUUGUUGGUGGUUGCUGCGCUGCUUUUCACGGUCUCCUUCCAAGCAGCAAUCACUCCCCCUGGAGGAGUUUGGGGAGAAGACAAAAUUCGUAGUGGUAGUUACGUUCACUUGGCAGGGACAGCAAUCAUGCGAAACCCCCUUUACGAGAUACUCGCGGGUUUAAAUGCUACAUCCUUUGUUGUAACAGCCUUUACAAUAUUCCUCCUCCUCCCCAGUGGUUUUGGAACUCGGCUGUUCAGCUUACCCCUUUAUACCCUCUCUCUGUUUUUUGGCUUGUCAUUGUCCUACAUAGAUCCCAGAACCGAUUUUCCAAGUGCAGUGGAUAAGAUGUGGGAUAAUUUUAUCAUUUAUUCGGUGAUCUCUCCUGCUGUGUUUAUAUGCUUGUUAGUUAUUGUGAGUUUCAGGCGAAACAAACUUGUCGCGGCCUUUCGUCCAAAAGUGAAAGUGCUGGACACAUCUCUUACAAUGUGAGUUACACGUUAAGCAACUACGUACGUACGUACUAGCUUUAUUAAUUAGUUUGCAUUGUUGGUGAAAUUAAGAAGGAUUUAUGGAAAAGAAUGGGGCAAACAGUACUUUGUUCAUUGGUUCGUUCGGCAAGACGCGGGACUGGAUCGUGGUACGUACUCAUCAAGCCGCUCAUGAGCCAGGAUGAUCGUGGCCCACGUACGACCUUGGUUGAUUAUUCAUGUGUUACUAGCUAGCUGUGACGUACGUACCGCUUGUGAUACGUCAUUUGAGCCUCUUCUUUUUUUUUUCGUUUUUUCUUUUGGUGUGUUUGUGUGUUCCAUGGGUGUAAUGGAAUCUCAGUCCGUGCAACUGC